AUGUUGAUUGCUCGAUUCUCUAAUAAAGACAGCAGACACUGGAUGAAUGACAAAGGAGACUGGUGGUAUGACCGUCUGACUGCAUUUGGAGCCACAAUUGAUCCUUCAGUUAACGCUGACAUGAUCUCACCCGGGUUUUGGUUGGCUAAAGGCACAGAGUUCAAGAUCACGCGUAGUGAUGACCCCUAUCACACGCCUCUUCUAGAAACCACAGGGAACUGUUUGCGUGGGCAGACCUUUCGAUCCAAAAUCACAAGUUAUGGCAUCUUCAGAAAUGGCAGGGUUUGGUCCAGUGACAGGUGCCUGGGAAGCUGCAGGGUUCAAUAUGGCGGCGAGUACAAGAAAACACAGGGUUUUGAACUAGCUGAGUGUGGUCGUGGAGAUUUCCAAAGCCGCAACAAGAUCGGUUUCUGGUGUCACUAUAGCACUGAUGGAUCAGUAAUGAUGAUUGGGGGAGGAGGAUAUAGAUGUGCGUAUGCUGAUCAGGGAAUGGGAAUAACAGAAACUGACAGGGCUUCUUUUGUUGAAAUGGGAGACGGUAAUGUGGGUAAUGCCGAGUAUGACUUUGGCCAUAACGCUUACGCAGGGAAUCCUCAAAUAUCCUCGGCCUACUCAUUAAACUUAUGGAUUCGCUAAUUAAAAGCAGUGCUAACUUAAUGG